UGUGCCUGCGCGCGACGCGCUCGAGCAGAGGCUGUCCUUGCGCCGGGUCGUGGAGCGGUUGCUGUGCAGCGAGCGCCCGGUUGCGGAGCGAGCGGAGGGUCGGUCGGUCGGUGUUGGGGCUGAGGGAGCGAGCGAGCGAGCGGGAGGACGUUUUCGGGCAGAGUGUCACCGAGGGCGGAGUGCGGCCACCAGGCUCCAAUACCAUGACAGUUACAGCGCGGCUUCUUCGCUCUGGCUUUAUACGUUACCUCCUCGUCCUGGUGGCCAUGUGGUUUAGUACUCCAGCUCAUAGUGAAAUAUUAAAUCUUGAUAGUGGAAAUAUUGAUGACAUCUUAGGCAAUGCAGAUGUUGCACUAGUCAAUUUCUACGCUGACUGGUGCAGAUUCAGUCAAAUGUUGCAUCCCAUCUUUGAAGAGGCUUCCACAAUUGUGAAAGAUGAAUAUCCAGAUGCAAAGCAAGUGGUUUUUGCAAGGGUUGAUUGUGACCAGCAUGCGGAUAUAGCACAAAGGUACCGGAUAAGUAAGUAUCCAACGCUGAAACUGUUCAGGAAUGGGAUGAUGAUGAAGCGAGAGUACAGAGGUCAGAGAUCAGUGACGGCACUUGCAGACUUCAUCAAACAACAGAGAAAUGAUCCUAUUCACGAAAUCCAAAGUCUCGAUGAAUUGCAAACAAUUGAUCGCAGCAAACGUAACAUCAUUGGAUUUUUUGAACAAAGAGAGUCAGACAACUACAGAACCUUUGAAAAAGUGGCCAAUAUAUUGCGGGAUGAUUGUGUCAUUCAGGCCGCUUUUGGAAGUGUUGCAAAACCUGAGAGGUUCAGUGGUGAUAACGUAAUAUACAAACCAAUUGGGGAGAACAGUCCUGACAUGGUGUAUUUGGGUUCGCUGAAUAAUUUUGAUCUGUCGUUUGCCUGGACUCAGGAUAAGUGUGUGCCAUUGGUUAGAGAAAUCACUUUUGAAAAUGGUGAGGAGUUGACUGAAGAAGGCCUUCCAUUCCUUAUACUGUUUCAUUUGAAAGAAGACACUGAAAGCUUAGAUAAAUUUCAGCAUGAAGUUGCAAGACAGUUGAUCAGCGAGAAAGGUACAAUAAACUUCCUACAUGCUGACUGUGACAAGUUCCGUCAUCCUCUCCUCCACAUACAGAAGGCUCCAGCAGACUGUCCUGUUAUUGCUAUUGACAGUUUUAGGCAUAUGUAUGUUUUUGCAGACUUUAAAGACUUAGCAAUUCCAGGUAAACUGAAGCAGUUUAUAUUGGACCUACACUCUGGUAAAUUACACAGGGAAUUUCACCACGGCCCAGAUCCCACUGAUACAGCUCCUGGACAGCAAAGUGAAGAAGUCCAAAGUAGUCCCCCAGAAAGUUCAUUCCAGAAACUGGCUCCCAGUGAACACAGGUAUACCAUCCUCAAGAGAAGCCGAGAUGAAUUAUAGAUCUAUUAAGGAACUGUACAAGACCAGAAAACAAAAAGCUUUGCCCCAUGAGUGGCAGAAAUACUAAGCCUAUAUUUUCAUAAGUCUGUGUGUACAGUUUUUAUUUUGGAUAAAACUAAAAACAAAUUUCCAACAAAUCGUGGUGUUAUUGUUCUUUGCUUCCCUGGCUUGUGAAUACAUUAAUGUAUACUAUGGUUCAGUCUGGUCAAUUUUAAUAAAAAUAAACUCUUGGUAAAUGUAUAGAUGUCAGAAAACAUCAGCUAUUUCCUGAUCCAAACUUUUCUAAUAAAAAGGCCAUAUCCUUGAAUUUAUCACAAAGGAUUUGCCAAUGAUGUUUACCACAUACUUGCACUGUCCCAUUAAACAGGCCUCAUCUUUUGAUGUUUUAUCUCCAAUUUGUCAAACAUGCUUUUUUUUCAAAAAAAGGAAACGUUUCAUUUAACAAUUUGCUAUGUGGGUGACGUGAGCUGUGAUGGUUUCAGAAUGUCCACGUUGGAGAGGGUGUGUUGCCCUCAUUUUGGAAAACAAAAUAAAAUUUUAAGUGGCCUAGUAUGA